UGAAAGUUGAGCCUGAUGAGGGACACCGCUUUAUUGUGUCGCUUUUUUUCCAAGGGAAAUUUAAAAAUCUAAAAAUAAAGCGUCGGUUUCUACUCCACAAAGAAUCAUUUGAACUUCCUACCGCAGAAGGAGCAGGACAUAAAUAGUUCUGACAUGUGGAUGUAAUUUCAGAAAAAAGGCAGACAGAUGCAGAGAAAUAAAACGCGAGCGGGAGAGAGAGACUGGGAACAGAUUGAAUCGAGCUGCAUAUCUGUGACAAGACGCAAACAUCAGAGAAAUCCCAUUCAAGCUCACAUCAAUUUGCGUGAAAUUGUCGGGAUGGGAGCCACGCUAAUCGUAUACACUUUGGGUUUUGUCUUUUGCGGCACCUUGCUGAGUUUCGUCUAUGGUUUGGUUGAUGGUGAUGAUGUCCUCACUAAAGAAGAACAAAUCUCUCUUCUGUUAAUCGCAAGACGAAAAUGUGAGCAAGGCAUCAAGUCCAAACAUAAAAUUACUGAGGGUUACUGCAUACCGGAGUGGGAUGGCAUCGUUUGCUGGCCCGAGGGACUUCCUGGAAGGAUGGUGUCCACUGCCUGCCCAGAUUACAUGCAUGACUUCGACCACAAAGGACAUGCUUACCGCCGCUGUGACAUCAAUGGGACCUGGGAGCUGGCGUCAAAUAACAACAAAACCUGGGCCAAUUACAGCGAGUGCGCCAAAUUCCUCCCUCAUUAUAACCACAGCGAAGAGAGGGACGUCUUUGACAGACUUUACCUGAUCUACACGGUGGGCUACUCCAUCUCUCUGGGAUCACUUAUGGUGGCGACAGUCAUCCUAGGAUACUUUCGACGGCUUCACUGCACCAGAAACUACAUCCACAUGCACCUGUUUGUAUCGUUCAUGUUGAGGGCCAUUAGUAUAUUUGUGAAAGACGUGGUGUUGUACUCGGGUGCCGCGCUGCAGGAAAUGGAGAACAUCACUGUGGAGGAUCUCAAAUCCAUCACAGAAGCCCCUCCUGCCAACAAAACCAAGUUUAUUGGCUGCAAGAUGGCUGUUACUCUCUUCUUGUACUUCUUGGCGACUAAUUAUUACUGGAUUCUGGUGGAAGGCCUGUACCUGCACAGCCUUAUCUUCAUGACCUUCUUCUCAGACAGGAAGUACCUUUGGGGCUUUACUCUGAUUGGCUGGGGUGUUCCUGCGAUGUUUGUAACCAUCUGGGCCAGUGUGAGAGCCACUCUUGCUGACACUGAGUGCUGGGAUUUAAGUGCAGGAAACCUUAAAUGGAUUGUGCAGAUCCCUAUUUUGACAGCAAUUGUUGUCAAUUUUUUGUUGUUCCUGAAUAUAAUCAGAGUCUUGGCAACCAAACUUAGAGAAACAAAUGCAGGAAGAUGUGACACCAGACAACAGUAUAGAAAGCUGUUAAAAUCGACGCUGGUCCUCAUGCCGUUGUUUGGGGUUCACUACAUUGUGUUUAUGGCAAUGCCCUAUACAGAAGUGUCUGGGGUGCCGUGGCAAAUCCAGAUGCAUUACGAAAUGCUCUUUAACUCAUUCCAGGGAUUCUUUGUUGCAAUUAUAUAUUGCUUCUGCAAUGGAGAGGUCCAAGCAGAGAUCAAGAAGUCCUGGAGUAGGAGGACUCUGGCUCUGGACUUCAAGAGAAAAGCCCGGAGUGGCAGUAACACGUACAGCUAUGGACCCAUGGUGUCUCACACCAGUGUCACUAACGUGACCGCACGGGGCCCUCUGGCCCUGCACCUCACCACCCGCCUGGGGCCCGUCUCCCUCAACGGCCACCGAAACCUCCCGGGAUACGUGAAGAACGGCUCGGUCUCGGAGAACUCCAUCCCGUCCUCGGGACACGAGCUCCAUACACAAGAGGAAGAACCUUCAAAGAGCUUCCAAGUGGAAAAAACCAUCCCGGUGGUGGAGGAGGAAAGAGAAACAGUCAUGUGACUUCACAAACCUUAAUAAAGACCAUGUUUCUCAGGAUUUCCUCACAAUCUGGGUUGUGGGACCAUCUCAGAUGUACAGUUGGAGACAUGGUGACUGACCUAAUGGACCAGAUAUGAUCCGUGUCUUUUAAAUGAGCCACAAGUUCUUUCAAGCUAUCUUCAUCAGCAGCAUUCGGAGGAGGACAACACAUUUUGGUUUUAAACUGUGAACAUACAACGCCGGUGCUUUCAGGUUGUCACAUCACCUCCUUAAAUGAAGAACGGUGAGCUUGCUUCAGGAUCAAGUUACAUGAAAUAUAUGGCACUGUGGGCCGUGUAAAUAAGAUACUCAUGAUAUAUGAUAUAUAUAUAUAUAAAAUGUUAUUAAUAUAAUGUUAUUUACAGAUGCAACUGCCAGUAGGGACACUCUUUGUGUUAUGAUAGCAGGUUUUUGUUAGUAGAAUGUGAUAUUUCUAUGUCUCUAAGACUUUGAGCGACUGUCUCGUUUAUCUACGUGUUUAUUCAGUAGAUUUGCCAAACUUUGCCAGACUGUCUUUUUUUCUUCAUGAGUCUGACAGUGAAAAACAAAAGUGAAUUCCCUCUGAAUCUGUGUAGAUUUAUACAGUACAAGCUUGUGUUAUUACCAGUGGUGAAACAUCAAAGCAUGUUGUUAUUAGGGCAGAUGCAUACUAUUAUUAUUUCUCUUUUUUUCCCUGUAAGACCGAGUGUGGCCAUUUUUAAUUGAAUUUGUCUGACUUCCUGCUAUUUUCCGCUGUACAGAACAGCUGGUUCUGCUGCUUGAUAUUGCAGAUUGGCGUGUUUUACCAUAUUUUUGAAUGUAUUAUCUUAAUUAUGAACACACUGGUUUGUAGUGCAAACAGUUUUACCGUUUACUGCACGUUGGUAUUCUUCUCAUUAUUUCCCUACAGUGGCUAAUGAACCAGAAGUCUCGCACAUUCACAGAAAACAGCUUACUUUCGUGUUGAGAAAUAAGGUGCAUACUAAGCAUAAAAUAUCAAAUUUUCUGUAUUUUAUUUUUUUAGGUAAUUUUUGGCUGCCUUAACCAUUGCAUUAACCAUUUAUUAUAGCAAACAUAUCCUAGUACUUUAUAAUACUGUUCAUAAUAGUAUUUAUAAAAAAACUAACAGUCCACCAAAAAAUCUCUGUAAUGCAAACCAUUAAUUUGUGUGGGAAGCUAUUCAAUGGCCAUUUUUUUCAUCCAAAGGGGAAAAUUGUCAUAUAGUCUGGUCAUACUUAAGCAGUGUUGGGGAAAGAUACUUUUAAAAGUAAUGCAUUACAAUCGUGCAUUACUACCUAAGAAAGUUACCGAUUGUAUUGGUUUUACUA